AUGAAGAUUGCUGUGCUGGUUUCCCUCCUUCUCGUCCUCCGCACCUUUGCGGCACUGGAGACAGACCAGGGCGGCGUCUGCUCCCGUCAACUCAACAACAGUCAGAACAUCACGGUGGUGGCGGCGCCUGGAGCCAAGGGCGAGCCGGGGACUAAGGGACCGCAAGGACCAAAAGGGGAGCCAGGUGAGAGAGCUCCAAGAGGCGCGCCAGGUAAGCUGGGUCCGGUCGGACCAGCAGGUGAGAAGGGAGAUAAAGGUGAACAGGGACCGGCAGGUGAGAAGGGAGCACCUGGUACCAGCCCACCUGCUCCACCUGUCGUGGCGUUUUCCGUGGCAAGGACGAGCAGUCUUCAGAAACCUUCGUCCGACACUACACUGACGUAUGACGUCGUCCUUAGCAACGUGGGUGGGACCUACAACCAGGAGACGGGGAAGUUUGUGGCUACAGUCGGAGGCGUCUACUUCUUCACCUUUACUGGUAUGACGCCGCGUUCCACUUCCAACUAUUACGUCCGUCUAAUGAAGAAUGGUGCACGGAUGGUUAGUCUGUACGCGAGCAACGGCGGAAACCCCAAUCACCAGUCCAGCAGUAACAGCGCUAUCCUGCAGCUGCAGCCUGGGGACGAGGUUUGGGUGCAGCUGCACAAGGGUCACAGUUUGUUCAGUGAUGGCAGUAGGUACCUCACGUUCAGUGGGUUCCUCGUUCACGCUACUUGAGCGAUGUUUGUAGAAAAAAAUGAUGCAUCGUACAUCGUACACUUCGAUUGAAAAGGUUGAGUUACUUUUAAGAAUUCGACAUACGAGUGUUUGCGCCACAUAGUAGGAAAAUUAUGUGUUACCAUAAUAUCAUAAAGGUCGUGAAUAUUUGUUGUGUAAUUUGUUUGAAACCGUAUAGCUCGUAUUUUCAUAGCCGAGAC